GUGCGCGGUAGUUUCACCACGGAGCGUUUCCUCUUCCCGUUGCGCUGCGUUGUGUUGAACAAUUUCAUGUGUAGUGCUUUCGUUGUGUUUAAGUUUUUGUUUUUAUAUUUUGCUUUAUCGAAGCUCACGUUUAGUAAGAAAUCUGACUUUUAAUUUCGAGAUAAUGUAUAGGCAGAGUUUUCGACAUCCAGCUCCCCCGAGUAAUGGUGGUAUGGUUCAAAGAGCCGGAAGAUUUCGGAGUCCACCACCGGGAGAUAUAUACGGAGGUGGUGGUGGCGGUGGCCAUGCAAGCUUGAUACACUCUCAAGCUUGGGGAUUUCCUAAUUCGACGUCUCCUACAGGAGGCCAAGGGCACUGGCCUUAUUCUGGAAAAUCUCCUAAUACUCCUCCGAAGAUUUUUCACGGCAGUAACUCCGGCGGCGGGGGCAGCAGUAUGGGAAGGUAUAGCAGCCCGUCUCCGGGUCAUACCCCGCGGAGACCGAGUCCUAGGUACACGCCUCCAUAUGGUACUUCACCGGGAGGCCAUCCAUACCAACAACAGCAGCGGCAUCAUCAUCAGCGCAGUCCCGGACAGCAGAGACACUAUCAGGGUUCACCAAGGACAUCUACACCAUUUGCUUCUGCACGCGGCAUAGAGAAAAGAGUGUCUAAUGAUGUGGAAAACUAUUACAGACCUUCAAUGCUUGAGGAUCCCUGGGCUAGCCUAGAGCCAGUUAAUGUUAAAGACAUUAACCAGCAGUUCAGCAAAGAACAAACAACCAAUACUGGUAAAAGAGGGAGGUAUUUCAGCUGAAAUAUUUCUAGACCUCCCCUUUUUUAUUGCAGCAACACAUCACUAUUUCCUUUUUUAUUAAAUUACAAGUGGAUACAGUACUUGUUACAUAAUCUCAUCAACUGAGCACCUACAUGUAUUUUAGUUUAUAUCCAUAAUGUUUUAAUUUAGUGGGAGCAUUAUUUUUAUUACUUCAGACUUUUUACAAAUAUUGAAUAACUGAACUAUUCAAAUUUAUGGGGUUUUGGAAGUGCCUCAUUCAUCUUACAUGUCAGUUGUUUCGUUAUCACCAGCAGUCCGCAACUUGAACAGUUGUUCACAGUUUACCUCUUUGUACUUAUAGGCACAUAAAAAAAUAAAACCCCAAUUUAUCCUUUUUUCUGAAGAUACAAUUCAAAUGGACUUACUUUUAUUUUACUAUAUUUUUAAAAUAACUUUUCAAUUGUGUUAAAGUGAAAAUUUGUAAAGCUUUUUCUUAAACUGUUAAAAAAAAAAAAAAAAAUUAUUGAACUGUCCGAAAAGUUUGUAUUUGUGCACACAUAUAUGUACUACAAUACUAUAUUUGAUAUAGUAUAAAAUUAUUUUAUUUUUUUUUAUUAUUUUAUUUUAUUUUUUUGUUUUGGAUGCUGUAUUUGUGACCUAUAUGCUAGAUUAAUGAUAGUUAUUGUUCUUUCUCAAGUUCAAGGAAAAAAAAAAAAAUAAACACAUUCUCAGGUAACCUCUUUUUUUUUUUUUAAAAAACAGGUAAGAGUCAGAUAAAAAAAAACAGCUCAGUUAAAAAUCUUUUUAAAUAUAUAUAUUCAGGUAUAUACACAAGUUAUGAGCCAUUAUGUAGGUUUUAUUUUUUCUGUUUCCCAUUUACUUGUAUUCAGAUAUGUGCAACAAAAUGUUGCAUUUAACCAAUGUUAAAUUUUUUUGUUUUGUUUCUUUUUUUUUUUUAACCUUUUAGUUAGAUAUGUUUUAAUGGACUUUUUUUUUUUUAAAUUUAGCCCUUUAUUUAAAAGGCAGCUAGUGUCCCUACUCUACUGUGAUUGAGAUUCAAAUUUUAAGCAUUUGUUUGUAAGGUAUUCUACUUGUUCUUUUAAGGUUUUAGUGCAAUGUGUGGACAGUCUGAAUGAGUUUUGCAUGAUCUGUUAAUUGGAUUCUUGAGAAAACACAUAGGCCAAGUGAAACUGUACCUUGUUUCUGAUUGCUUUAUAUUAAUUCUGUGUUAGCAACCAUAGGCUACAUUAAAAAGGGCCUCAUUAGUAAGCCAUAUACCACAUUUUAUGGAACAUUUGAAUUUCACCAAGGAUAUAAAUCACUGCCUGUUUUAAAAUAUAUAUAUAUUCAGUUCCCUUAAAAAUUACAUAUGAAUUUUCAUAUUCCGUCAAAGUUCAUUGCUAAAUCUACUGCCCUUGAUAAAUUAUUUCUCUGUAAAAUACAUCAGUAAUCGCAAAUCAAUCACAGUAAUGAAACUGUCAAGAAUAGUUCCAAUACAGACAUAAAAUUAACUGUCUGAUUAAAUGUUAUAAAAGCUAUAAGGCAUUCACAGAUGGAGUAACUGAUUUGUUUAUAUCUAGUCCAAGAUAAAAUGAUACAAAUUAAAUAAUUCAAGUAAAUGUCAAGCUGACAAAGUCGGAGGUGAAGAAAAAUUUCAUUUCAUUUAAAAAUUGUUAAUUAUAAUAAAAAGCCUUUGCAAAUAUUUGACUUUUAUACUCAAUGCUUGUGACUUCACAGCACAGGUAAAAUAAUUAAAAGUAGAAUAGUUGUAUUUUUUCAGAAUGCAUGUCAAAAAUAAAUCCUUUUAAAAAUGAAUUGUGUUGUAACUUUAUUGACAAUUGCUGGUGAACUUCGGCAGUGAAUCAAAGAUAAGUGAUUGAUUACAGUAACAUUUUUAAAAGUAACGUUUGUAGGAUUACUGGGUCGUAGAUUGUAAUAUACUAUUGGCCAUUUUUGCCAGGACAUUUUUUUUGCAAUGUGUGUGUGGUUUAUUAACUUUUUUUUUUUUUUAGCUAAGAAAGUCAAAUAAUGGUGAAAUGUAUCCAUAAUUAUGUGGUGUUUACUUGGUUUCUCAUAAAAUUUAACUUGCAUUUCACAAUGUUAACUUUUGCCAUAUUGAAAGCAGAUUUCUGUUCUGAGACAAGCAUCAAUUGUAAUUAAUAAAAAAACACACUUCAGAUUA